AUGGAAGAGUCCAUAAAUAACUGGAGAAGCUCUUCCCUAAAGGGAACCCCAUGCAGGGUGUUUAGAGAGGAGAUACAUGGCCCCUUAAGGAUACUAACUUCUCCGAACAAUAUCGGGGUUGUCCUACUUGAGCCCGGAUCUUCAUACCAAUUUAUCGAGAAGAACUUGAACAGGAGAAUCAGGAAGAAGACAGACUUUAUUGUGGUUAAUGGACAUGCAGCAUCUCUGCCAUUUGACUUUACCUUGAAAGAGAUAGCCGAGGACGGAGGGGAAGAGUAUGCUGCAAUAAUAUACAAGCAAUAG